AGCUUCGGCGCAUGCGCGGUGCGGGGAGGCGGCCGGCGGGCAGCGCGCAGGCGCAGUGCGCGUUUCCUGGCUCCCUUGUCAGUGCCGGGCGUCCCCCCCCAACCCCUACCCCCCCCCCCAGCCCCUCGGCCUCCGCUGACGGCCGCUCCCUCUCCCGCUGCCCGGAGCGGAGUCGCGUUGACUGACCAGAGUCCGCGAAUCCCGCUCCGCUCCUCUCGCCUCAGGAAUAUCCUGGACUCGGAAUGUCUCUACAUCAGUUUUUACUGGAGCCAAUCACCUGCCAUGCGUGGAACAGAGACCGGACCCAGAUUGCCAUUAGCCCCAAUAAUCAUGAAGUCCACAUCUACAAGAAGAGUGGGAACCAGUGGGUGAAGGCUCAUGAGCUAAAGGAGCACAAUGGACACAUUACAGGAAUUGAUUGGGCUCCCAAAAGCGAUCGCAUCGUAACUUGCGGCGCCGACCGUAACGCCUACGUCUGGAGUCAGAAGGAUGGGGUCUGGAAACCAACCCUGGUGAUCCUGAGGAUCAAUCGUGCAGCCACCUUUGUGAAAUGGUCUCCCUUGGAGAAUAAAUUUGCUGUGGGAAGUGGAGCUCGCCUUAUAUCUGUGUGCUACUUUGAAUCUGAGAAUGACUGGUGGGUGAGCAAACACAUUAAAAAACCCAUUCGUUCCACUGUCCUUAGCCUGGACUGGCACCCCAACAACGUUUUGCUGGCUGCUGGAUCCUGUGACUUCAAGUGCAGGGUGUUUUCUGCUUACAUUAAGGAAGUUGAUGAAAAGCCAGCCAGUACACCGUGGGGCUCCAAAAUGCCUUUUGGGCAGCUGAUGUCAGAAUUUGGGGGUGCUGGAAGUGGUGGAUGGGUGCACAGUGUCAGCUUUUCUGCCAGCGGCAAUCGCCUCGCCUGGGUCAGUCACGACAGCACCGUGUCAGUUGCUGAUGCUUCAAAAAAUAUGAUGGUUUCACAGCUGAAGACAGAGUUCCUCCCACUCCUGAGUGUCUCCUUUGUCUCUGAGAACAGUGUGGUGGCAGCUGGCCACGACUGCUGCCCCAUGCUCUUUAACUGUGAUGACCGUGGCUUGCUGACCUUUGUUUCCAAACUGGACAUUCCAAAGCAGAACAUCCAGCGCAACAUUUCCGCCAUGGAGCGCUUCCGAAACAUGGAUAAAAGAGCCACUACGGAGGAUCGGAACACCACCUUGGAGACCCUGCAUCAAAACAGUAUAACCCAGGUGUCUAUUUAUGAGAUAGACAAACGAGACUGUCGUAAAUUCUGCACCACUGGCAUUGAUGGAGCCAUGACCAUCUGGGAUUUCAAGACCUUAGAGUCCUCUAUUCAAGGUCUACGAAUCAUGUAAGGAUGGAUUUCCAUGAUCUAGCAGGACAAACUGCUUGACAGAAUGCAGCUCCCACAUCUGCACAAACCUGAAAAGGGAGGAGGAAUGUGGAAUAUUUGGAAACACUGAGAAAAUACAGCUUGGCAGAUUUUUCUUUUGAAUCUAAAUUUGGUGAAUUGUGUUGGUUUCAGAAUCAGCUGUGAUUGGUUUUUUGUUGUUGGGUUUUUUUGUUUUUGUUUUUUUGGUUGUUUUUGUUUUGUUUUUUUUGUUGUUUUGUUUUUUGUUUUUUUAAUUUUAUUUUAUUUUUUUUUCGGUUGGUUGUUUCAUUCCAUUCUUUACCAAAGCUGCUCUUUAAGUAGUUUAUUGCAGGCAGUUAUGAAUCACUAACUUAAAAGGGGAAUUUUAUGUAAAUUGUCUGCUAGAAAUAAUAAUAAUAAUAAUAAAAAAGAGAAAAACUGA